CCUCGCCUUCGCCAACUACGCCAAAGAUGACUUACACAAACGGAAGUGCAAACGGGCACAAUGGACAUGCCGGCGCGCCCACACCCGCUGCAACCCGGCUCCGCAAGAUGCUCACGGAAACCGAUGAAUUGAUUGUCAUGCCCGGCGUCUACGAUGGCUUCAGCGCGAGAAUUGCGUUGGAAGUUGGAUUCGAUGGUCUCUACAUGGUAAGCACCUGCUAUGAAGACUGGCGCCGGAACAUGUGCUUCCAAGCUUGGCCAGCCAGACCUGGGCUUUGCCUCCCUCAACGACAUGAGAGAGCAUGCCGAAAUGAUUGCCAACCUGGACCCCCGCGUCCCUCUCAUUGCUGACGCUGACACGGGCUACGGCGGGCCCAACAUGGUUGCUCGCACGGUGGCGCAGUACCAUCGCAGUGGUGUCGCCGGUCUGCACAUUGAGGACCAGAUCCAGACCAAGCGCUGCGGCCACCUUGGGGGCAAAGAAGUUGUCAGCGUUGACGUCUUUCGGCAGCGCAUCAGUGCUGCUGCUGCCGCCCGCGAGAGGCUGGCGUCUGACAUUGUCAUCAUUGCCCGGACGGAUGCCCUGCAGACAGAUGGCUUCGACGAGGCCAUCCGUAGGCUCAAGGCUGCCGUCGCUGCUGGUGCUGAUGUCGCAUUCCUUGAGGGCGUGACCACCAAGGAAGAGGCCCGAGAGGUGUGCCGAUCGCUCGCACCGACCCCGGUUCUCUUGAACAUGGUCGAGAAUGGAGCUACACCAUCCUGGACCGUGGCUGAAGCUAAGGAGCUGGGCUUCAGAAUCAUCAUUUAUCCCUUUGCAGCUCUCGCCCCCGCAUAUGAAGCCAUUCGCAGCACAUACUUGCGGAUCAAGGAGACUGGUGUCACAGGCAUUGACCCGACUUUUACCCCCAAGAAGCUGUUCACGGUCGUAGGCUUGAAGGAAGCGACUGCGGUGGAUGUGGCAGCCGGAGGGCAGCUGUACGAAAAGGUGUAAAAUCAUCCUGGCCAUCCCAUAUUGAAGCCGUCUGCAAGGCUACUCAAAUGAUCAAACAUCAUGGCAUCUUGCAUAUCUUCGGAACUGAACAGCG